AUGGGAAUCGCACCAGAAACGUUGGAUGAACUGAAAGCUAUCUGCAGACAACCUCUUGACACCAACGUUGUGCCACCUGACCCCACUCUUCAAACACUAAUACAGAGGAAGAAGAAGCAGGACUACAAAGGCACCCUGAGGAUCGAUAAGAUAAGCAGAGUUGACCACUACCAAGACGAACUGGAGAGCCUAGCGGUGGGGAAAAGGCCUGAGGACCCUGUUGACUUGGUGCCAGAAGGGGAGAUCAUUUUGAGCAUCAACGUUCUCUACCCAGCCAUAUUUGAAAGAGAACGUGCAGUUUACAUGACCCUUCAGAUGCUGGGCUCCCAUAGUCUGGUGGACCUGAGGGACGCUAUCUGCUGUAUCAGCGACCUGCAGGUCUUUGGAGAGUUCAGCAACACGCCCGACAUGGCACCGGACUUCAUCAGCAAGGAUCACUUCAAAUCCGCCUUCUUCUACUUUGAAGGGGUCUUCUACAAUGACAUGCGUCACCCUGAGUGUCAGGACAUGAGCGAGACCACCAUUGAUUGGGCAAAGACCAGAGACUUCCCCACAUUCCACAAGGCCAAGAUGGAGGACACCAGAUUCUACGACCUGAAGGUGAAGGUGGGCUACCCCUACCUCUUCUGUCACCAGGGAGACUGCGAGCACGUUGUCAUCAUCACCGAUAUCAGACUGGCUCAUAAGGAUGACUGCCUGGAUAGGAAGUUGUACCCUCUCCUUACCCACAAGCACAGGGUCAUGACCAGGAAGUGCGCCGUGUGUCACGUCUACAUCGGCAGAUGGUUAACCACAAAUGAUCCAUUUGCCCCAAAUGACCCGUGUCUCUUCUGUGAGCGAUGCUUCCGCAUGCUUCACUACGACAAGAAAGGAAACAAACUAGGACAGUUCCUGGCCUACCCUUAUGUGGACCCUGGGGCCUUCAACUGAGACGUCCCGUUUCUCCCUCCUACUGCUGUGCAGUAUUAGUAAUGGUACAUAUUUUCUGUUGGCAUUAAAGCACUUUAUUUAC